UGCAGUACAUCCCGCCUCAAGCGCAGCAGAGCAUGCAGAGCUUUGAGGAGGCAUUCCAGGGCACUGGGCGGGUGUUGGAGGUGGCGGCGGUUGCGAAGAAGCCGGAUGACGCUGCUGAGCUGCAGCGGCUGCUGGCCCCGGUGGCUGAGGCCAUGGGAGCCGUCACCGCGGCUGCGGAGGGCCGGGUCACGUGUCCCAACCACCUCAAAGUUCUGUCGGAGGCGGUGGGGGCGCUUGGGUUUCUGGCGUACACUGGACAUGGGUGCGGCAUCAGCCCCCCCCGGCAGCAUGUCGCCGACAGCUGGCAGUCCGCAGAGUUCUAUUCCAACAAGCUGCUGAUGGAGUUCCGCGGGAAGGACGACAACCAAGUGGCGUGGGUGCGGGCGUUGAAGGUGCUUAUUCAGCAGUUGGAGCAGUUCGUGGUGCGGCAUUGUCCCACGGGUCUGCGGUUCGAUCCCAACGGAGUGCCAGUGGCGACGGCGAUGCGCGGCGGCGGCGGCGGCGGCGGCGCAGUGACACCCGCUGCAGCGGCCCCAGCGGCGGUGACGGCGGCGGUGACGGCGCCCAGUAAGCCAGCCGUACGGGCCCCGCCACCCCCUCCCCCGGGCCCACCUCCGAAACCAUUGAGUCCGGAGGAGCUGGCGGCGGCGGCGGAUACAGGAGGAGGAGAAGGUGGCAACAUGUCAGCGCUGUUUAAGGAGCUGUCGAAGGGCGAGGGGGUCACCGCGGGUCUGAGGAGGGUCACAGCGGACAUGAAAACGAAACACAACACCGACAAGACGGGGAAGGUGCCAGCGACAUCGGCGUCGGCGUCGGCGUGUACAGCAGCAGCAGCAGCAGCAGCAGGCAGCGGCACAGCGCCAGCGGCGGGCACCAAGUGGGUUGUGGAGAACUUCUCCGGACGGCAAGACCUGCUGGUGGAAAACAACGCACCCAAGAACUCCGUGUACGUGUAUGGCUGUACGGAUUGCGUCGUACAGGUCCAAGGCAAGGUGAACGCUAUCACUCUGGACAACUGUCGGCGAGUGGGAGUGGUGUUUGGGAACGUCAUUUCCUCGGCAGAGGCCGUGAACUGCAACAGCGUGCAGCUGCAGACCACGGGUACCGUACCCACCAUCAGCGUAGAGAAGACGGACGAAGCACAGCUGUUUUUGAGCCAGCAGGCAAGCGGGGCUUAUCAUCGCGCCAAAUGCUCGUCCAUUAAUGUGGUUGUCGUACCGGCCGAGGGUGACUCAAGCGACCCGCAUGAGCACGCGGUUCCGGAGCAAUUUAUUUCCACUUUCCAAGGGGGGAAGCUGAUCACGGUGAGUUGGUUGGGAAGUGGUUGGGAGGGGGUAUUGAAAAGGGGGGAGAGGGAGGGCUGUGAUGCUGGUCCGGGUGCUUAUGGUCUGUCUGAAUGA